ACGUCAAGCCUGGUCAAAGGUUACUAAACGCAGUUAAAAGGUGACCUGACUGCUGAAGACAACAACAAUCUCUCGCUGCUGUCCUCCUUCUGGUACUACAAAACGUUUCCCACAGACAUUUGAAUAUGUCAAUCGUCAACGGACCAACCCCCGAAUCAGACGAGGCGUUCUUCGACGACGUCGCCUCGCUGAAAAGCCGCGUCAGGGCGCACACCGAUCCUGGCAGAAAACCUCUUGGCAAGGACGACAGCGCCGAGGAGUCCGAGGAUGGGGGGCGGGCACGCAGGGGGAGACCGCCGCUUACCAGAGUCCAGUCGUCACGAGACAUCGACAUCGUGGAGCGAACACGGUCCGUGGACGAGAUGAACCGAGCCCUCCCUGAUAUGGAGGCGGCCUACCACACCAUUCUCAGCAGCGUGGGGGAAGAACCGGCCCGACAAGGGCUGCUGAAAACGCCCAGCAGAGCGGCCAAGGCGCUCAUGUUCUUCACCAAGGGCUACCAGGAGGAUCUCCAAGGAAUUCUGAAUGAUGCAGUGUUCGAUGAAGACACAGAUGAAAUGGUGAUAGUGAGGGACAUAGAGAUGUUUUCCAUGUGUGAACAUCAUUUGGUGCCAUUCAUUGGAAAGGUUUCUGUGGGAUAUCUGCCAAACAAAAAGGUGCUUGGACUGAGUAAAAUAGCCAGAAUAGUAGAGAUGUACAGUAGAAGGUUACAAGUUCAGGAGAGGCUGACGAAGCAGAUAGCCCUGGCCCUGAGUGAGGCCAUCCAGCCUGCCGGAGUGGCAGUUGUGUGUGAGGCAACGCACAUGUGCAUGGUGAUGAGAGGAGUACAGAAACUCAACAGCAAGACUGUCACCAGCUGCAUGCUGGGAGUGUUCCGAGAAGAUCCCAAGACAAGGGAAGAGUUCUUGACAUUGGCAAGGGGAUGAGAAGGAUGGCUGGAAGUUUGCCUGAUAGUUUUACAUCUGUGGCCUCUAUUUGCAGCUCACUUCCUUCUCUACACUUAAAUCCCUCCUCACAAAAUAUUCUCUGGCUGCAAUUCUCUUUUAACACAAGAUAUCAUCCUGUAUGUAAAAUAGAUGGUAUUUCAUUAAAGAAAAUGGUGUAAGCAACUGUCAAUACAUUUCAAUUAUACCACCUGAUUUCAUGUAUUAGGGCCUUGUUGCCUGAUGACAGGGCAGAAUAACUGUGACAUUGUAACUAAUUGGAAACUGGCUUCCAUGAUAUUAGAUUGAGGUCAUUGGCCCCCAUAGCUGUAUUAUUUGUACUUCAGCCUGGACCUCCAUUUUUUGCCUUUUCACUGUUAAUUUCCCAGUGGGAAAUAUAUAAUGCUAGUUCACCUUUAUCCGUUCGGUAACCUAUAUCCAUUGCUUUUAAAAACAGGGUACUUGGAGAUAUCACGUCAAUGGACUUUGGUUUCAAAUUGCAAUACAUGUAUUUUCUGUACAUUGCAGUUUAAAACUACCACCUUUCGGCUUGAUGUGCCUAAAUACCCUGUUUUAAAAAACAAUGGAUAUAGGUUACCCCACGGAUAAAGGUGAACUAGCGUUACAUGUAUGUGGAGCUGCACAGCACCUACUGAGUGCUUAAUCCUCACUCUGUUAAGUUAUGCGACAGCCAGUAAAACUCUUAUGCAGAGAUGACUAUCUGACAGGUGACAGUGUACCUCAGUUAUCACUGACAUUGUAGAGUGGACUAUUUGUGUAGCACAUCUCUUCACCUUUCUGUGGAGGGACUGGAGAAGUAAGAGACUGAGGUCUGUUGCAAUGCUGCUCAGGGUUUUAAUCCCACCUAGAGGUUUCCUGUAAGUAUAAACAAUCAGUCGAAAAUCCCCAUUUUAAACUUUAAACAUUAUGGGAAGCAUUGUUAUGAGAAAUUAGCAGAUAUAGACUUGUAAAAAAAAUUGUGCUAAAACUGAAGUUGUCCCUAUUACAAUAUUUAAAAUUAGGAGAAACUAUAAUGCCAGGGUAUGUUUUGAUCAUAGCAUAGGGAAUGUACAAAAACAUUGUAAACAAUCAUGUUUAAUAACUGACUAGGACAGGGAAAACUAGUACAGCUUUGUGAUUUGAUAGUUGUGAAAGAUGUAUGCCUAUUUCUUUUAAACAAGCAUUUUUGUUAUCUUCACAAACACUACAUCCACAGAAGUAGUUUAAGAUAGCCUUAUUGUGGAAAAGGGUGCAAUAUCAUCAGAUGCCUGUCUUAAUAUUUAUUGCCUAAGUUUAUUUUGGUAGGCAAUCUACAUUCACAGUGACAUUACAUGAUGUUUGGUGGAAUGAAGUGGUGGGUAUCAUUGGAAUAUUUUCUGUUGUAGUAAUGUUACAUGUAAUGUUAGUUGAAAGUAUAUGUAAAUGUGAUUUUAAAUCUGUUGAAGAGAGUAAACCUGUUGAAGAGUGUUUCAAGAGUGAAAAGCAAACCAACAAAGUGAAACUAAACUCCAGAAGGGAUAUGUCAUUGAUGCAAUCAUGCUAUAUUAAAUACAUACAGUUGUACGUUGAAGUGCCAUUUUUGGAAUGGAUCAACUUCGCCAUCAAUUUUUCUGACAGAAAGUUUUGAGGAGUGGGAGUAGAAUGGUAAUUGUUUUAAAAGUUUUUUUUUUAACUCAGUUGCAAAUCAUGCUUUACCAUAUUAUAAUUAAGAAAUUGAGAUAUUAGAUAUGUAUUGCCAAAACUAAAACUGUUCAAUACAAACAUUACCAAUAAAAUGUCUUUAAUGUUAGAAAUAACGUGUACCUGAUUGUUUGAGAGUCUUGUUCUGAAUAAUGUCUUGUUGUUCUUCUUUAUACCAAGGAGGUUGAAAAAAGGUUUUUCAACCUCCUUGUUUAUACUAGACUGUUUGGUGCAUAUCUAUAAUGCCCCAAGAAACAAUAAUGGUGUCAAUAAAACAAUGUUUUGUUAAGCACCCUCUACCAUAACCAUUCACUCAAAAGGAUGCUAGCACAGAUUUUGUGUAUCAAAGAAAAUAAAUGAAACACCAACUGAA